AUGGCAACCUCAAUUCAACUCCCAUCAGACGCAGUCCCCUUCAACAUCUUCGCCCUAACAUCAAUGCCUCCAAACGAUAAAUACCGUGGUGCUGUUGUAGAGGACCUGCAACUUCCCCCUGCAUUCUGUUUACCCUCCACCGAAUCCGUAUCUCGCGCAAUGGAGUCAGCAUAUGAUCGUGACUUUUCCCAUAUUCCCGUCCUAAACCGCGAUCGGCGUCCUCUCGGGUACGUUGACGUCGCUGCUCUGAAAGAAAAGUGGGAAGCAGGCACAGCAUCACCAAACGACUCCAUCAGUAAAUACAUGACCAAGUUCAAUCGUAGCGCAUCUCAGCAUUACACCCUCAUAACUCCCUUGACGUCCCUUGCGGAACUAGCAGAGUUUUUGCGGGACAAUAUCUUUGCGCUAGUUACGGACCAGGGCAGGAAUUUCGUGCUUGCUGUGGCGACAUCGCAGGAUCUGGACAAUUUUGUGACGCGCAGGGGCCGUUGA